GAGCCGGGCGGCCCCGGCCCCGUCCGUGCGGGGGAGCUUCUCCCGCAGCCUCGCUGCCCUGUCCCGUCCGCUCCCGCCGCCGCGGCUCAUGAGGUGAAGAUGGUGAUCCGCGUCUUCGUCGCCUCCUCCUCGGGCUCGGUCGCGAUAAAGAAGAGGCAACAGGAUGUGGUGAGGUUUCUGGAAGCCAAUCGCAUAGAGUUUGAAGAAGUGGAUAUCACCAUGUCAGAAGAGAAAAGACAAUGGAUGUAUAAAAACAUUCCUGAGGAUAGGCAGCCUGCACAGGGCAAUCCACUGCCACCACAGAUAUUCAGCGAUGAUCGGUACUGUGGAGAUUAUGAUGGCUUUUUUGAAUCAAAGGAGAGCAACACUGUGUUCUCCUUUCUUGGACUGAAACCUACUUUGGCAUCAAAGUAGGCAUCAGAACCCUAGAAAGCCGAUGUGAAGUCCCAACAAGCACAUUUCUGAAUGAAUGACCCGUUCUUCAGCACAUAACAGCUUCCCUAAUGGAUCACUGUGAUAGAGCAAACAUGCAUCAUUAGUAGUAGUCUGCUUGCCAUGAGAUGGUGCUCUCCAAUAGUGUGGAGCUAAUGACACACAUAUGAAACAGGCCAGGCUACUCAUCUUCGUUUUUAAUAAUACUCACUGUUGAUGUUUCACUUUUGUCUUUGGCUUGCUCUUGCAACUGGCCCUGAUAUUCUAACAGACAUGUAUGUUUGAGUGCAAGGAGUGGAAGUGUAGGGCUUAUAUCAUUCAUGGACAUACUUAUGUAGUCAGACUUCUUACUGUUUUUAAGUCUUCCCAAAUUAGCUCAUCAUGAUAGUUAAAGUGCUCGUGGUUAUUAGGCUAUCUGUGCUGGCUAUGAUCCAGAAGAUAAAAAACAUAAAUCUUGAGAUCUCAGUCUAAGUCAAUAACUGCUGUAUUUUUGCUCUACAUUUAUUUAUCUUGAUAUUUAUUCUAGAUCAUGGUUAUUUUAAGAGACAUGGGCUGCUAAUAUUGUUCAUGAAAACUUGAUUUGUCUAAUGAUGCACAUUACAACUGACUGUUUAAAACCAAUUCCUUUCAUGAGGGAGGUGCCAAAGUGAAAUAUUUUGAUGUUUCCUCUUCCAAAAGCAGGUGAAACAUGCAGGAAAACACUUGGUGGAAAUACCGGGGAGUUCAGAAGAACUAAAGGGGUCUCAUAGCUAAUGGUAAUAUGAAGUUAUCUCUUAAAUGAGGAAAGUCUUAACACCCACAGUUGGAGCUCUGUAGUUGGACUGUCUUGAAAUUUUGCCAAAACCUUCAGUUUACCUCCCAUAACACACAGCUCCACCACAAGCCACGUGAAAGUCAGGGGGAUACUUUGAGAGUCAGGGCUCAGUCCCAUGAGUGGUUAACACUACUAUGGUCCAAGAGCACGCCUAACUUGCCUAGCUGUUGUCCUGGUUAUAUCCCCAGAUGUGGUCAUGUGGUGGUGCCUCAAAGACAGUGAAAAAGCUGGGUGUGUGCUUUGCUGGAUAAGGCCAUAAUGGCAGCUCAGCUGAGGAAGAAGGAGCCAAAUAAAGUAAGUGGAGACUAUUCUAGGGAGACUGCAUUGAUGCGUAUAGCAGAACUUAGGCCCGUUGUAAUAUACAUUACAAAAUGCAUUCUAGAGAGAAGUCAAAUUGCAUUAUGCAUCUUGAAUCAAGUUUGGCUAUGAAAAUAACAGUUAUGCUGUAAUGUGUCUUUUACUCAAGUGAUUUCAUAAUGACAGGGUAGUGCCAUCACAGUCUUUGGGUAAUGAAAGACAACCAUUAUGUGGAAAAGCUUCUUUGCAAUCACAGUACCACUCAGACUGUGUGGCUUGAAGGAAGCCAAACUUGUAAAAAGUGUCACACUAUCUUGUGCAACAAAUCGAAUGUUCUGUUAACAUCAGUAAACGUGGCAUACAAGACAUGUUAGUUGGAAGGGACAACAGUUGGAGGUCAUCUGGCCCAGCACUGUCAAAAUCAGGGCUAACGACAACACUGGCUUGGAUCAGAUAUAGGUUUGUCUAGCAGAGCAUUAAAAAUAUCCAAAGAUGAAAUCUCAUAACUCUGUAGGUAACUUGUGCCAUGUAAUUUGUGGCUGUUGCCUUUGCUGAGUUUUCUGGGACUCAGAAAGAGAUUGGCACCAUUCUUCUUGCAACUGCCCUCAAGAUAGUUGUAGUCUACCAUUAGAUGACCUCUAAGCCUUCUUUGUACCAGACUGAACAAACCUGGCUCCUCAGUUCAGUUACAGGGCUAGAUGGAGCAAGAGCACACACAGAUUUGAAGUCCAUGGUUAUAUUUACUGGUCAAAAUCUUAGCCACGGCACCUUUUCUACGGGAAUCCUGAUUGUAUGUUUUUAAGAAUUGUUGUCUGUGUUUAGGUACUGUGACAUUCUUGUAACCAAUCCCAUAUUUUCAUGAGACUUGAAUCUCACUAUAGGAAGGGAAUAUGACAUUGUUAACUUCACCAGGUUAACAGGAGAAGGAACUAUUCCUAGAAGGAAGUUAAAUAUUUAACUUUGUAAAUGAAUACAGAUAUAAAUUUACAUAAUUGCGCAGUUGAUUACAGAAAAGCCAUCCUGGAUUUAUCAUGUACUUGAUACGUUGUAAACUUCUAGAACUGCCUGAAGUCCCAGGUUUGAAAAAUUUACCUAAGUGUGUAAAUAUAUACACAUGAGUAAUCCUGGGCAAAAUCCCAGGCUUACUGAUGUGAAAGGCAAAACCACACUGAUUCCUCCAGGGAUGAAAUUAGUUUUGCAAAACUCCUCUUGAAUUUUGAUAAAUGUAGAAUAGAAGGCUCUCAUUUAGUGGAGAGUUAGUCUUGUUACAGCUGUUAAGUAAACCUAGCUUAUUUCAGAGCACACAUGUGGGCAUAAUCUGUGUGGAGGACAACACUAGCUCUGAAGAUAUUCUGCUUGCUUGUAUGGAUUGGCAGUGUAAGUCCCUUAGAAUAUGUGCUUUUGAAUUAUAAAUGGCUAGCUUAAAAAAAAAAGAAAUAUAUAUAUAUAUAUAUAUAUAUAAAAAAGAGGUGUUAUUUGAAUGUGAAUUUGGUCUGUUGUGCGACAGCCUUAUUUUUGUAGUUAAACUAAGUAGAGUUCUAGUUUGUUACACAAGAUGAUCUGGAAUUUUUUAAACCAGUUUUGUAAUAAUGAAAUGUAGCUAUCAGGUAACUGAAAAGGUCUGGGGAAACUAGAGACAGUUAUUGAAAGAAAUAAUAAAUUCUUAGUUCUCUUCAAAAUUUUUGCAUAUAAAGGUAUGCUUGAGAACCAAAUGGUCCAAAUUUCUAGUUAAUAAUUCUAACUACUCCACUUUUUAAAAGGGAGAACAGUGUGAAUUAAACUGUAGAUCUUUGUACCUAGCUGAAGCUGCUGUGUGGGCUGACGUGCACGUGCACAUUCACUGUAUCAGUGGCUUUGACAGAGGUGUUUUUGUUUGUGCCACACACUACUGGAUAGUGCCUUGCCAGAAAGAGGACUGUUUCUGUAGGGUCUUCCUAGAUGUGCUUAAACUUUGAACUGAGAAAGGGGUAGUUUCUAUAUUGCCAUUUUUUUAAUAAUACAGUAAAUUAGUUUCAAGGCCUGAGUCAAAAGGCACAUGCUUUGUAAGACUGAAACAGUUUUUGAUGAGUCUUCUGAACUUCUGAUUUUUCUUAGGUGAUUUUCUUUUUUCUCUUUUCCUAUUUGUUGACUGUGUAGAAUCAAACCUUCUAAGGGAAGUGGAUCUGCAGUAAAGCCCAUAAAUCCAUGUUUACACUUAGUUUACAAUAAGUAUCUGAUUCAAGUGUUGAGCAGCACAAGUGUUGUGACUGAAGUGAAGAGUAGCUGCCAAGCUCUCACUGCAUUUUCUGGUUGUCCCUCCCUGCCCUUUUCCCCCCAUCAGGCCAUUAUUUGGGGCAGUACCAUGGUUCAGAUGUAGGACCCUGAAAUUUUAGGCCGUGCCUUGUGGCACUUCACAGGAGUGCAAGAAUGGGGUGAUCAUCAGGAAAGUGCCAAAUCCCAUUAGUCUUCAGUGACUCACUGAUUUCACCAGAUCUUGGCACAAACAGUGGCGGGAGGAUGGAGCCCUGUGUGUACACCCUGCACAGAGAGCAGGAGUGGCAGAUGUGGUGCAGAAUGGCGCACGGCUUGUGACGGCACCGUGACCAGGGGUUCUCGCAGGGGCCUUUGGCUGGCAGUGCCAUGUGUGAAACCACAUAGCACUGCUUUCCACAGGACUUCCACUGCAUCAUGGCCUAUCCUUCACCCUCUCGUUCCCUAAAGAAUUUGGAGGGAAAAUGGAGAACAGUUUGUUGAGAGCAGUCCUCCAGCCAGGGCAGAUCCAGCUUACUCCUCUUUUCCUACUUCACGUCUUCCUAAUGUGCGUCAUCCUGUCUUGUGUAGACCUACAUGUGUGCAAAGCUUCCACUCCCAGCCAUCUGUAACAUCCCUGUGAGGCACAAAUGCAGAGCUGGUGUUCACCUUCACGGCGUCAGUGUUCUGUAACUCGGUAGGGGAGGGAGCACGUUGCAUCCUAGGCCAUGUACACAUUAUGUAUUAAACUGUGUUCAUCUAAUAAAAAGUUGUAAUUCAAAAAA